AUGCAGCGCCGUGACCCUGCGCAUCUGUCCCGGCGUGCGCAGCUCAAACUCGACGAGGCGGCCAGCUCGCCGCUCGUCUCGGCGCGCGCGCGCACGACCGCCAACCAGGCUCGUCUCGUCUUUGCCUCUUCCCUCUCGCGCACUCGAGGGCUGACCGGCUCUUUCCUCUGUUGUCAGUGGUCCGAGGACAACACGGGCGGCAUCGUCAACGCCGGCUUGGCCGAGAACAGCCUCAUGCAUGACUGGCUCACGACGCUGUGGGAAAGAAAAGGCUCGCUCAAGAUAGAGCGCACCGACCUCACGUACGGCACGAGCAUUCUCGGCUCGCACCGCCUACUGCGCGCACUCGCCGCAUACUACUCGACCUACUUCAAGCCCGCCUCGCCCGGCGAGCCCCAGCACAUCGCGACGUCGAACGGCUUGUCCUCCAUGAUCGAGCAUCUCGCAGCCGUCAUCUCGGACGCCGAAGACGCUUGGCUCCUUCCUACGCCGUGGUAUUACAGCUUUGUGCGCGACCUCGGCGCCGUGAGCCAGGUCCGCAUCGCAAGUGUCGCCAUCCCGACUGGACAGAACGGCACGCUCGCCGAGGUCGAGGCAAUGGAUGCAGAGAUGGAGCGGCGGCGGCGCAGCGGUGUCCAGCAGAAGGUCACGGCCAUACUCGUGACGAACCCUCACAACCCGCUCGGCUUCUGCUACCCUCGCCAUGUCCUCGUCGCGUACGCCAAGCUCGCGGAAAAGUGGGGUCUCUACCUCGUCUCGGACGAGAUCUACGCCAACAGCGUCUUUGGCGGCGUCGACUUUGUCUCGAUCCUCUCCAUCGACGUCCUCCGCGAAGCCAGCUGCAACCCCUCGCGCAUCGUCGCCUUGUACGGCAUGUCGAAAGACUUUGGCGCGAACGGGUUCCGCGCUGGAUCACUCGUGUGCCAGCACAACGACAGGAUCAUGUCGGCGCUUGCAGCAGGCGCGAUGCCGAUGCGCAUGGGCUCGCCAACCGACAUCCUCUGGUCCGCACUCCUCACCUCGCCCGACCUGGCCACCUACCUCGACAAGAAUCGCCAGAAACUCUUAAGGGCCUACACAUACGUGACUGCCUGGCUCGACGUCCACGGAAUCCCGUACACACCAGCAAACGCAGGCCAUUUCGUCCUUGUCGACUUUAGGGCAUUUGUCGGCCAGACGGCGCGUGGGAGCGACGCCGCUGGGUUCCGUGGCAACAGUGGGAACCAGAAGCGGAUGGCGGAGGAGAGGGAGGGCAACAGCAUGUGCAGAUACAGGGACGAACUCGACUUUCUCAACUUGCUCGUCAACGGCGGAGUCUACCUCAGCUCCGGCAUGUCAUACGCCUGUCCCGAGCCAGGCUUCUUCCGUAUAACCUUCUCGAUCCCGCGGAAAGAGCUCGAGGUCGCACUCGAGCGCAUUGAGCUCGUUUGCGGGCUUGCAAACAAGGCGGCAGCUCUUAGUAAGGUGUAUCCGCAGUAG